AUGAAUUUAGGUGAAUAUAAAGAAGAUGAAUUAAUACCAUCAACUGAGGGACAGGACGAUUUAAAUAGUACAAAUGGUGAACCAGCAUUUGAUGAAUCAGACAAAUCUUUCAUUGAGGAAAGAAUUAAUUCAAUUCGUCAAGGAAAUCUAGACGAUAUCAUUCCUCUCUGUGAUAAGUGUCGCUGCUAUGAUUUCAGUAUGAUUGAAGAAGUAAUUCCAAUUGAUUUUAUUGAUAUCAUUGGAAAACUGCUUAUUAGUAGUCAAAGAGAUAAUAAUUUUGAUAACUAUUUAAUUUAUUUAUUUGCUGCUGCAUCAGAUCCAUAUAGAAUUACUUUUAAUUAUUUAUUAACAAAUACACUUAUAAAUUCAAUCAUUUCAAUCAUAUGUGCGGACAAUUCCUUACUGCAUUAUGGUGUCCAUGCUAUUUUUAAUAUAUUCGGAACAGAUCCAAUCGUAUUAAAAGAAAGUAUAAUUAAUUCGGAUUUAUUUGAUUUUAUUUAUAAUUUAAUGCAAAAAUCAGAAGAUAUAGAGUUUCUCAGACUAUGUCUUAAAUUUUUAAAAGAUUUAACAAAAAAUUCAGAUAAAGAUUUAAUUCAAAGGGCUGUUGAUAUCGUGCGAUUAGGAAUUCAUUCACAAAACAAAGAGUGCGCAGUUAUCUUUCUAGUAGAGAUCGGAAAAUACUCAACUGUUCAUGAAAUUCUGAAACAUUUUUUCAAACUUGAUUUAUUCAAAGAUAUUUUUGAAAUUAUUGUUGAAUUCACAAAUAAUGCAAAAGAGUAUGAUCAAAAUGAUGAAAAUAAUCAAUUAAUUACAGAAUUAUUUUUAUCAUCUGCAUUAUUACCAAUUUUAGCAAUUUUUGAUGGCGAUGAUGUUGAAUUCUCCAACAGAUUGAUCAAUGAUGAACUUAUUUCUAUUAUUAUCCCAAUAUUAGAGAUAAAUAAUAACAGAAUACAAUGUUAUGCUGUAGAUAUCUUAGAUAAAUGUUUGAUGUGCAAUGAAAGUCUAUUAGCUAAUAUUAUAAUGAAAGGAGGACUUGAUUUCUUCUUAGAGAAUAUAGAAGACUUAAACUACAAGCCAAAACUAAUGAUUGCUAUCUUUGUUUGUAAUCUUAUUUGUACAUGUAGUAAUUCGGAGUUCUCUCCCGACAAAUACAGACAUUUUCUAAAUCCAUUAUUCGCUCUUUUGGAAAGUCGUGGUGCUAUAGAACAUGUUCUCAAUGCAUUGAUGAUUAUUGUUAAAAAUAUCCAAAACGAUUUUCAAAAAAAUGAAUUUGAUGAAUAUUUGAAUAUUUUAGAAGAUAUUUUAUCUGAUGAUGACAUUGAUGAAAACAUUGAAUGGAAAAUAGAGAGUUUGAUUCAUUUAAUUAAACAAGAUGAUGAUUAA